UUCAGUUGAGGCCAACAAGUUUCCGAAGCUGGAAGCGGUUUAGAGGAACUUUUUGUUGUGAUAUAAAAAAUUUAAGACUGGACCAAAAAAUUCGCCGGUUAAAAAAGAAGAAAAAAUUCGCCAAAGAAAAAAAAAUCCAAAAAAAAAGAAAAAAAAAAAAACCGAAAUUGGGCCAGCCUGUCUGAACUCAAACCAAGAGCAGCGAAAAAGAAAAAUCUCAGAAUUUUUUCUUUGUUUACGUUUGCUUUCAAGGCAAAGUAGAAAAAUAAAUCCUUGUCCGCCAUGUUAAAGCUGAGCAUUGUCUUUGGCCUGCUGGCGUCCAUAAUCUGGCGCACCACCCCGACAAAUUGUCGCCAGACACAAAAUCAAACCCAGAACAUCAAUCAAUUGGCGGCCAUCAACAUUGAGCGCUACAUGGAUGGGGAGCAGCAGCGGCCCUGCGACAACUUCUACCAGUAUGCCUGUGGCAAGUGGUAUCAACAGCACAUCGAUGAAAUGGAUUAUGGCGAUGUGUUGGGUCUGAUGGACCAUGAGUUGAAUAAGAAAUUGGAACAUUUGCUAAGGAAGUCUCCCAGCGGCAGUGCGGGGGGUAGUGAUGAGGCUCAUCCAAGUACCACAGAGGCGGCGGGCCACCAGCCACUGGGAUCCAGCAUGGAAAUGUCAACAUUGUAUAAUAAAAUCCGCACCUACUACAAGUCCUGCAAAAAGGUCAAGCCCUACAAUUUGAAGAAAUAUUUACAGCUGAUCCAGCCAGGUCCUGGCCUGCACUGGUAUGUGUUGGCCAAACAGGGUGGCCGUAAAUGGAAUGCCGAUAAAUUCGAUUGGCUGGAGGCCAUUGCAAAGUUGAGGCUCUAUGGCCUCAAUGGGGUAUUGCUAAAGGAACAGGUCCUGCCGCGCUGGGAUGAAUCGACGGCCAUGAGUAUAUAUUUGGAUAAACCAGAUUUGGCCGAAACCCUGGCCAUGGGUGAGGGGGUGAUCAUUGAGCUGCUCAUGGACAUUGGCCAAACCAAACGGCUGGCCAAUGAAAUUGCCCGGGAGGUAAAUCGUUUCGAAUUCCAGCUGCACAAGCUACAGGAACUGGAGGACGAAGAGGGUCCCAAGGAAAUGCAGUUGGGUUAUUUGCAGGAAUAUAUGCCACAAAUCGAUUGGUUGGCCUAUCUGAAGGAGUUAAAGGGUCCCGAUACCGAUCUCAGCACCACGGUGAUCAUUCAAAACAUCCCUUACAUGCGGAGCCUGGUUAAGCUACUGAACACCGUGGAACCCUCAACGUUGUGUAAUUAUAUUAUGAUCAAAUUCCUGCUCUAUCUCAAGACCCAGGGACCGGCAGAGAUAUCGAGGCAGGAGUGUAUUGCCAGCCUGAGGCGGGCCAUGCCACUGGCCAUGAGCUAUGUGGUGGGUCAACAUUUCUACAAGGAUGCCACCAAGACGGACAUCCAGGUCCAGAAGCUGUUCGACCAUCUCAAGGAGACCUUCUAUGCCAUUCUGUCCGACAAUCGCCUUCAGCUACCCGAACCCAUUGUCCAGACCCAGUUGGCAAAGAUUCAGGCCAUGCAGCUACGCAUUGGCUUUGCUCCGCGCAAUGUCACCGGCGACUAUUUCAAUCUCUACUACGAAAAGGUCACCCUGGAUGCCAAUAACUUCUAUGCCAAUCAGCUAAGUCUGCUAAGGCUAAUGGUGGAACGCAGCCAUGAGUCCUUGGAUCCCAUUAGCCACCAGGACAUGUUAAACGAUGAGGCUGUUAUCUCCGCCGAAUGGGUGGGCUCCUCAUCUUCGCCGCUGUAUUUGAAGUCCCGUAACACGGUUGUCAUACCCUAUGGCUUCCUCAACAUGCCCAUUUAUCAUCGGAAUCUUAGGGAUAUAUUUAAAUAUUCCGUCCUAGGCUUUGCCCUGGCCCAUGAAAUGUUACAUGGUUUUGACUCGUCCGGCAUAGAUUAUGAUGCCAGCGGUAAUAUCAUGGGUCCCAGUGAGGAAAUCUCCGCCAAUCAGAGGUUCAUGCAGGGUUUGCGGUGCAUGCAAAAUGAACUGGCCACCGGUUCGAGGAGUCUCAAUGAAAAACUGGCCGAUUAUGAAGGGAUACGUCUCGCCUUCAAUGCCUACUUCUCGCCAACGCGCAGCAAUGAAACCACAUCGACGACGACAAAACAUUUGCGUUCCCGCUACCUCUCCCAGUUUACCCCACAACAGGUCUUCUUCAUUAAUUUUGCCCAGUUCUUUUGCGGCAAGGUCCAUCCGAAAUUGACCCACUCGGCCUAUUUGGAUCAUGCCAUGGAUGAGCUGAGGGUCCUACAGACUUUGGCCAAUUUCGAGGAGUUUUCCAAGGCAUUUGGCUGUGAGAAGAGAGAUAAAAUGCAAUCUCGACAUCGCUGUAAAUUGUGGUGAGAAGGGAUAGCAGAGAGAGAGGAGACGAUGGGAGAGUGUAUAUAUAGCAAUAGGAUGUGAAUAUAUAGCCUUUUUUUAUGUAAAAAUAUAUACGAAAAUUGUGAUAGAGAAAAAUUAAAGAAAAAUAA